CCAAAACUGAAUUGGACUAUGACAUUGACAUUGAGGUGACCGUGUCAGAUAUCGCAAUGAUAAAUGAUCUGAGGAACCUGCUUGCAACAACAUCAUUCCCAUACCCAAUGAGUAAUACCAUUGAAGUAACUGGGGUGAACUUAACAACAGUUUGUUACCCGAAUGGUAAUGGAUUCCAGUGCAGGUGUGAAGAGCGGUUUGCCUUGUCGUAUGACAGCUGUGUUCUGUACACCCAUUGUGAUGAAAUCAUUCAAGGCACAUGCAGAUGCAUCAACGCAAUACCGGCCGAUGGACAGUUUUGCCAACCACAACUACCUCCCAAAACUGAAUUGGACUAUGACAUUGACAUUGAGGUGACCGUGUCAGAUAUCGCAAUGAUAAAUGAUCUGAGGAACCUGCUUGCAACAACAUCAUUCCCAUACCCAAUGAGUAAUACCAUUGAAGUAACUGGGGUGAACUUAACAACAGUUUGUUACCCGAAUGGUAAUGGAUUCCAGUGCAGGUGUGAAGAGCGGUUUGCCUUGUCGUAUGACAGCUGUGUUCUGUACACCCAUUGUGAUGACAUCAUUCAAGGCACAUGCAGAUGCAUCAACGCAAUACCGGCCGAUGGACAGUUUUGCCAACCACAACUACCUCCCAAAACUGAAUUGGACUAUGACAUUGACAUUGAGGUGACCGUGUCAGAUAUCGCAAUGAUAAAUGAUCUGAGGAACCUGCUUGCAACAACAUCAUUCCCAUACCCAAUGAGUAAUACCAUUGAAGUAACUGGGGUGAACUUAACAACAGUUUGUUACCCGAAUGGUAAUGGAUUCCAGUGCAGGUGUGAAGAGCGGUUUGCCUUGUCGUAUGACAGCUGUGUUCUGUACACCCAUUGUGAUGAAAUCAUUCAAGGCACAUGCAGAUGCAUCAACGCAAUACCGGCCGAUGGACAGUUUUGCCAACCACAACUACUUUGUUACCCGAAUGGUAAUGGAUUCCAGUGCAGGUGUGAAGAGCGGUUUGCCUUGUCGUAUGACAGCUGUGUUCUGUACACCCAUUGUGAUGACAUCAUUCAAGGCACAUGCAGAUGCAUCAACGCAAUACCGGCCGAUGGACAGUUUUGCCAACCACAACUACUUUGUUACCCGAAUGGUAAUGGAUUCCAGUGCAGGUGUGAAGAGCGGUUUGCCUUGUCGUAUGACAGCUGUGUUCUGUACACCCAUUGUGAUGACAUCAUUCAAGGCACAUGCAGAUGCAUCAACGCAAUACCGGCCGAUGGACAGUUUUGUGAACCUCAGCCACCUAACACUCCCAAAACUGAAUUGGACUAUGACAUUGACAUUGAGGUGACCGUGUCAGAUAUCGCAAUGAUAAAUGAUCUGAGAAACUUGCUUACAACAACAUCAUUCCCAUACCCAAUGACUAAUACCAUUGAAGUAACUGGGGUGAACUUAACAACAGUUUGUUACCCGAAUGGCAAUGGAUUCCAGUGCAGGUGUGAAGAGUGGUUUUACUUGUCGAAUGACAGCUGUGUUUUGUACACCCCUUGUGAUGACAUCAUUCAAGGCACAUGCACAUGCAUCAACGCAAUACCGGCCGAUGGACAGUUUUGUGAACCUCAGCCACCUAACACUCCCAAAACUGAAUUGGACUAUGACAUUGACAUUGAGGUGACCGUGUCAGAUAUCGCAAUGAUAAAUGAUCUGAGGAACCUGCUUGCAACAACAUCAUUCCCAUACCCACUGACUAACACCAUUGAAGUAACUGGGGUGAACUUAACAACAGUUUGUUACCCGAAUGGCAAUGGAUUCCAGUGCAGGUGUGAAGAGUGGUUUUCCUUGUCGAAUGACAGCUGUGUUUUGUACACCCCUUGUGAUGACAUCAUUCAAGGCACAUGCACAUGCAUCAACGCAAUACCGGCCGAUGGACAGUUUUGUGAACCUCAGCCACCUAACACUCCCAAAACUGAAUUGGACUAUGACAUUGACAUUGAGGUGACCGUGUCAGAUAUCGCAGUGAUAAAUGAUCUGAGGAACCUGCUUGCAACAACAUCAUUCCCAUACCCACUGACUAACACCAUUGAAGUAACUGGGGUGAACUUAACAACAGUUUGUUACCCGAAUGGCAAUGGAUUCCAGUGCAGGUGUGAAGAGCGGUUUGCCUUGUCGUAUGACAGCUGUGUUUUGUACACCCCUUGUGAUGACAUCAUUCAAGGCACAUGCACAUGCAUCAACGCAAUACCGGCCGAUGGACAGUUUUGCCAAUUACAGCCACCUUCAACAAUAACAACAACAACUCCAACCACAUCAACAUCAAGUCCUGUAACAGACAUCACCACUCCAAUAGGUAAUACAACAGCUGUUUCGCCCACAUCCUCAAGUCAAAAACCCAGUCCUGUAACAGACAUCACCACUCCAAUAGGCAAUACAACAGCUGUUUCUCCCAAAUCCUCAAGUCAAAAACCCAGUCCUGUAACAGACAUCACCACUCCAAUAGGUAAUACAACAGCUGUUUCGCCCACAUCCUCAAGUCAAAAACCCAGUCCUGUAACAGACAUCACCACUCCAAUAGGCAAUACAACAGCUGUUUCGCCCACAUCCUCAAGUCAAAAACCCAGUCCUGUAACAGACAUCACCACUCCAAUAGGCAAUACAACAGCUGUUUCUCCCACAUCCUCAAGUCAAAAACCCAGUCCUGUAACAGACAUCACCACUCCAAUAGGUAAUACAACAGCUGUUUCGCCCACAUCCUCAAGUCAAAAACCCAGUCCUGUAACAGACAUCACCACUCCAAUAGGCAAUACAACAGCUGGUCCUGUAACAGACAUCACCACUCCAAUAGGUAAUACAACAGCUGUUUCUCCCACAUCCUCAAGUCAAAAACCCAGUCCUGUAACAGACAUCACCACUCCAAUAGGUAAUACAACAGCUGGUCGUGAUAGAAACAUCACCACUACAACUGCUAAGACAACAGCUGGUCGUGAUAGAAACAUCACCACUACAACUGCUAAAACAACAGCUGGUCCUUUUAGAAACAUCACCACUACAACCGUUAAGACAACAGCUGUUUCUCCCCCGAUCCAAAGUUCAAAUACCGAUUUUACAGUGGAAAUGUCAUUUAAAAUUCUACUCCCAUUUGACCAAGAUUUGGCUAAUUCAUCAAGCUCAACGUUCAAAAAAUUGAAAUCACCAAUAGAACAAAUUCUCACUGAACAUUACAAAACUUUAAAUGGUUUUGUUGCAGUCUAUGUCCUUGGCUUCAGGAGUGGCAGUGUGAUUACAGACUUUCGAGUGGAGACAAACAGUGUGAAUUCCACUGAGAUUGCCAUACUGGACAGUAAGGUUGCAGUGGCUCUAAAGACCCAGGGUUACAGUGUUGACCCAAUUUCCUUCAGUGGAGUUAUUCAAGGAAAUCAGCCUUUUAUUAAGAACUAUGAUAUUAUAUAUCCUGGUACCACUUUGCAGCUGACUUGUGUGGUUCCAGAAACUAUGCAAAUGGAAACUGGGUCAUGGUCUGUGAAUGGUCUGCCGGUGUCAAACAAUGCAAAGUAUUCAAUCACCAAUUCACCUCCCACACUGACUGUUCAGGGCAUGAGCAUUGAUGACAACGGAAUAUACAAGUUCACAAUGACUCAGUCAAUCUUCACAUUCACCCACAACGAAUCCAUUUCAGUUACAAAUGUUAUACCUCCCAUUAUUCAGCUGAACAUGUUAGCAACUAAUGUUCCAUGUGGAGCAAAUGAAAAUAUCCCACUGACCUGCUGUGUUACAUACUACCUGAUUAAAAAUGUUACAGCGACAUGGAUGGACGGUUCUGUCGAAAUAUCCUCUGUACAGACCAUAACAAACAUGCUGUGUGUCAGUGUUGCAUACCCAGUACCAAAGCAGUGUGAUACAAAGCAACUGACAUGCCAAGUGAUGGUCAGGAAAGCAUCUACAACUCAAACAUUCACAGAUGAUGUAACAAUAGCGUUUUUCAGUGGAGCACCUGACUGUAAGGACCCCACAACAUAUGGUCUUGGGAAGAAUGGAAAUACAUCUACUGUUUCCUGCCCAGCAAAUUUUACGGGCAGCAGCACUGCAGUUUGUGAAAAUGGGAAUUGGACCCUUGUGGAGGACAAUUGUGUUUUUAGCCUAAUAAAGACACUAGAGCUGUUUUCUCAGAGUCUGAGUUCAGCUAAUGUAUCAUCAUUUGUGCAUGACCUUCGGACAACCACUAGCAGUUAUACAACAAUCAUAACACAGUCGCCAGCCACCAUUUCCUCUAUUGUGAGCAUACUUGAAAAAAUUGCAAGUGUUUCACAAAAUAUAAGCAAAACUUCAAUGCAGGAUGUUUUGGAAACAGUAUCAGUUUUGGUGUCACCCCAAACUCAGCAAUCGUGGGCAGCACUGAACAGUAACAACAGAACCCAAAACACAAGCUCUGCUUUACUGGAGUCAAUAGAAAACAUCACACACAGUCUAUCAAGCAAUUCCUUUACAAUUAAUACAACAAACAUUGAGCUAAUCAAAACAACGUUAACCUUCCCUUUCAAUGAAGCCAUGAAUUCAUCUCAGAUAUUCAUCCCAAGUCAAGGUCUUCCCAACAACACGAGUAUCACAACAAUCGUCUUUACAACUCUUGAGUUUGUCUUACCUGCAAGGACCACUGGAAACACUAUGAACAACUCUAUCAAUGGAGUUGUCAUGUUAGCCUAUGUAAACGAAACCAUUAAUAAUGUUUCACUGACAUUCGAUAAAACAAACAAAACAAAGGGAAACAACCAGUGUGUGUUUUGGAACUUCAAAGUCUUCAAUGGCAUCGGAGGCUGGGACUCUACUGGAUGUCAACUGCAAUCUGAAACGAAUGACAGCGUCACCUGUUCCUGUAACCAUCUGACUUCCUUUUCGAUAUUAAUGUCACCUUUCGUACCUGAAUCCAUUGAGGUUGCUCUAAAUUACAUCACAUACAUUGGAGUCAGCAUAUCAAUGGGAUGUCUGGUCUUAUGCCUUAUAAUUGAAGCAUUUGUGUGGAGCGUCGUCACUAACAACAGCACGGCACACAUGCGACACGUCGCUAUAGUGAACAUUGCUCUGUCUCUGCUGAUUGCUAACAUAUGGUUCAUCAUUGGAGCGGCUGUGUCAAAUGUAGGCCAGUCCACACCGAAGAAUGCAUGCAGUGCUGCAACCUUCUUCAUUCACUUUUUUUAUCUUGCCUUGUUCUUCUGGAUGCUGAUCUCGGCUCUCUUCCUCUUCUACCGUACCAUGAUGGUUUUCUCCCACAUGUCAAAGCGCACUAUGAUGGCCAUUUCCUUCACAGUGGGCUACGGGGCACCACUCAUCAUUGCCAUAAUCACCAUUGCAGUCACUGCCCCCAAAAAUGGCUACUUCAGGCAAGAUGAUGCAUGUUGGUUGAACUGGUACCAGACUAAAGCCCUCCUGGCAUUUGUGAUUCCGGCCUUGAUCAUUGUCGUUGUGAACCUGCUCAUUCUAAUUGUGGUUCUGUAUAAACUACUGAUGAGGGGAGUUGGUGAGAACCGUCAGUCUGAGGCGAAGAAUGCUCUGGUGGUCAUCGCAAGGUGUGUCGCUGUUUUGACUCCCAUCUUUGGCAUCACCUGGGGACUUGGCAUAGGGACCAUGGUGACACCUGCAAAUCCCGGAGUCCACAUUGCAUUUGCAGUCUUCAAUUCACUUCAGGGGUUCUUCAUUUUAGUAUUUGGGACUCUUUUAGACAGCAAAGUUCGAUCAGCAGUUGUGGGAAGAUUUUCAUUUUUGCAUUCAUUAUCUAGCCGAACAAGGAGCACAAGUGCUGGUCCAUCUUUGUCCUCAUUGGCUGAACGUUUUAGGCGAAGGAGACAAACAAACUACAGCAACAAAAGAUACACUUUAACAAGAAGAAGCUUUGAGAAGAAUAAGAUGUUUCUGCUUCUGAUUCUUCAACAAGUCUGAGGGCUUCUGAUUCAUUAAUCAACAUUUAGCUGUCUGGCUGGUCAACUCAUGGUGUGAAUUUUUCUCUGAAACAGCUAAAUGGUUUUACAAAAAAAGUAAAUAGAGAAGUAAUAAUAAUAAUAAUUAGAAAUUUACAUAUAGCAUAAAAGGAUUUUUUAAUUAAAUUUUUUUUAUACCGUGUUGACCCAAAUAUAAGACACUCUUUCUCAAAAUACGUCUGAAAAAGUGGUGUUAUCUUAUAUUUGGGGUUUAGACAAAAAAGGUAAUAGAUGGUGUGAAAUGCAGACACCCCUCUACUUGUUAACUUUCAAGUCACAAACUUUCAGACAUACGGACGAAGAGGACUGUAAGUCCAAAUUGCGUUCAUUGUGUACUCCCUUUUCCUGUCCGCAACAGGAGUUUGUAAUAUUCAUUAUAUACUGUAUCUCCCUCCCACAAAUAAUACAUUUGUUUUUUGGAAUGUUGGAUGUUUAAUACACUUGUAAUCCAACUGCCUGUGGUUGCUUUUUAAAUACAGUUAUUUUUCUUUAUAAAAGGAAGAUUUGGUAUUCCAAAAAUGUUCCUGUUAAAAUUAGUUGCCAAAAAGUGAGAGUCGUCUUAUAAUCAGAGUCGUCUUUUAUUCAGGCCAAUACGGUAAUUAGGGUAAUUAGGAUUUUAUAGGGGUUUUGGUUUUUAGUCAGUUUUGAGUCUCUGGAUAUUUACAGCUUCAUCUCUUUUAUUUCCAUGAACACGGACACUGUAUUCAAUCACUUAUGUUUUCAGUAGCAAUGUUAGUAUCUCUCAAUUUUUAAUGGAAGUGUAAUGAAGUAUAAUGAAGUAUGUAUCAAUGAAGUAUAAUGAAAUAUGUAUUCUCUCAGGUUUAUCUCAUUGUGGUAAUUAUUCACCCUAAUUUAAUAAUGUAAUGUGGUGUCAAUAAUAUUAGCAAUUUUCUGUUUCAUGCGUGCAACAUUAUCAUUAAUAAAACUAUCACAAUGUG